CGAAACGGGUUGUCAUUGGCUGUUCCGAAGUAGGCUGUACUUUGCGAUUCAUUUACAGACCACAGCUUGAAGAGGCAAGCAUCAGUACUGAUACCGAGGGUUUUGGAAAGUGACUGAAGGCCAGAUGUAUGGUAUACACGGGACGAUACAGAGUUUAUUUUAUCGUUUUUGACGAGUAGACCAAAGAUUUAUUUUACGGGCCAAGAUGCUUUGUCAUGUUACUCGUCCGGAUUCAGUGGUUAUGGAAGUAGAAGUUGAUUCGAAGGCAAACGGAGAGGACUGUCUGAACAAGGUAUGUCGGAAGUUGGGUAUUAUCGAGGUGGAUUACUUCGGCCUGCAGUUCACUGGUGCUAAAGGCGAGAAGUUGUGGCUAAAUCUGCGGAACCGGAUCUACCAGCAAAUGGACCAUCUGACACCGUGCCGGCUGAGGCUCAGGGUCAAGUUUUUCGUAGAGCCUCAUCUCAUCCUUCAGGAACAGACAAGGCACCUGUUCUUCCUGCAUGUGAAGGAGGACCUGCACCGCGGUCACCUGCGCAUGUGCUCUGAGCGGGCAGAGGAGCUCAGCGCCCUGCUGGCCCAGGCCCACUUCGGAGACUACGACCAGAACACUGCCCAGUACUGGUACAGCGACCUGACUGGACACCAGCCCUGCCAGGCCACCGUCGACAGCAUCGUGUCCAGGCACCAGGCGCUGGCAGGGCAGAGUGUGCCCGCGGUGGAGUACCAGGCGCUGCAGCUGGUGGCGUCUCUGGAGCACUACGGCGUGGAGUGGCACCUGGCGCGCGAUGCCGACGGACGCAGGCUCGCCAUCGGAGUCGGACCGGACGGCAUCGUCGUCUGCAAAGACGACUUCAGCCUGGUCAACAGAGUGGCUUACCCCGUGAUUCAGAUCGCCACUCAGUCAGGCAAGAGUGUGUAUCUGACGGUCACCAAGGAGAUGAGCGACAGCGUGGUGCUGCUUUUCAAACUCAUCAGCAGUCGAGCCGCCAGCGGGCUGUACCGAGCCAUCACCGAAACACACGCCUUCUACAGGUGUGACACGGUCACCAGCGCGGUGAUGAUGCAGUACAGCCGCGACUUCAAAGGCCACCUGGCGUCCCUCUUCCUCAACGAAAACAUCAAUCUGGGCAAGAAGUACGUCUUCGACAUCCGCCGCACAUCCAAGGAGGUGUACGACCAGGCGCGCCGCGCGCUCUACAACGCCGGAGUGGUGGACCUGAUGCCCUCGCUGGCCUCGCCGCACUCUCCCCCGGGUGGCCAGCGGGGGGCGCCAGACUGCGGCGGCUGCGCAGAGAGCCGCGAGCUGCAGGAGCGUCUGAGGAAGCUGCGCGAGGCGCUGCUGUGCAUCCUGUGCUGCGAGGGGCAGAUCGACGCCGCCUUCUGCCCCUGCGGUCACAUGGUCUGCUGCCAGGGCUGCGCUGCACACCUGCAGCUGUGUCCUGUGUGUCGCUCGGAGGUGGAGCACGUCCAGCACGUCUACUUGCCCACGUGCGCCAGCCUGCUCAGCCUGACCCUGGGUGACCCCUCGCCUGGCAGCCCUGCGCCCAUCCCCCGCAACCUGCACGCCCCCAACUGCCCCGAGCAGGACUACCCCGCUGACCACAAGCUCUGCCACACGUGAACCGCACAACCACGCGUCCGCAGUGACCAGGACUACACCACUGUAGACCUGCAAUAGCCACCACUGAACACCAGCUCUGCUGCAUCAGCAGUUUCCACAGCACACACACACACACACACACACUAGCACGUAUGAGUAGACUUCAGUGACUUUGGCCGUCAGUAGGAUGCCAGAGUCCGCCAGUUAAAGUGUCCCAGGUCUCACGAGGGCCCGUGUUGACGAGUGCCCGUAGGUCCUGCAGGCAUGCGCUGGGUCGUGCGCUGUUGACCUCUGACCUCUCGGUUUGUGCUAUUCUGCCGUCCACAUGGGUCAUUAACUCCCAGCACCACUCGGUAUGUGUCGGCACAUCUCAGCAGUUUGGAGUCCAGCCCUGUUUUUAAUGAGUGAUGCAUAAUGUGUCUCUUUUUUUUUAACUGUCUCUAUCAGUUGAUCUGAUGACUACUUGCGUUGUUUGUCUCCUCUAUGGGGGCGCAGAUUAUAAUUAACCAAUAUUUUUGGCUCCGAGCCUGACACUUUUGUAUGAGAGGAAAGAGAAUAGACCACUUGAUUUAUUUUAAGAAGUAGCUCAUUUUUAUUUAUCUGAUUUUUAAUUAUAUCUAUAUAUCUGUGUAUAUAUAUCUAUAUAUUUUCUAAUAUUGUAUCCACGUUCAGUGUAUUGUUAAUUUAAAGUGGAAUGGCUUGCAGAUAUGAUGCUGUUGUUUUGUCAAUCGAUGUAAGGACAGAAGCUCUGCAGAGAGGCAUUAUGGGAAAGUGGGUGGUGCCCAGGGGGUGUGGCAUAGGUGCUGAAGAGGAGGGGCUUUAGGGUUCCACUGCAGGCCUGUGGUUUGACCGUUAUGUUUCGUUGUCUAAGGCACAAACCACUGGACCAUCUGAGUGGACCACUGGACCAUUUGAGUGUGCAGUGCUGACCGUUUUGAAAAGCUUUAGUGUUUUUUGUUCUUGCCACUAUUAUAACUAUUAAAUAUGAAAGAUUAUAUAAAAUGACACUGUCACUUUAAGAAGUUUCCUAAGUGUAUUAUGUGUAGGAAUUGGCCUUCAUGUAGCGCACACACACACACGGUGUGUUAAGUCCUUUUGCACAGUUUUAGCGAGAAGACUACGAUGAUGAAAUACUAUUUGCUGCUCAUGCAGUCUCUGCAGAGGAUGGUUUUGUACACAUAGGAUUUGUUUCUGUUUGUUUGAAGCAAAAACUAUGCUGUGGAAAUGUUAAUAUAACCUUUGACCGUUUUUUUAUUUCUUUGAAUGACCAGAGAUAUUAAUAAAGCUUCCUGUUUGUUUUUAAA